CUCCCUUCCCAAAAUUGAAAAACCUCUUCUCUAAAACCAAGUGUCAAAGUCUGUAACUUUAAACCCUUUUUUCUUUCAGAGAAUCCAAGUGAAAGCAAAACUACCAAGAUGAACUCACAAACUGAUAAGCUGGUGAGGAGGACAACUAUGGUGGCCACCGUUACUGCUGGCUAUUUCCUCUUGACUGCUGACUAUGGCUCUGAACCCAAUGCUCUCGACCCUGUUAAGAGGGCGAUACAGUCUGCUGAAAGUUCUGUGAAAGACUUCAUCUUUGGAGCAAAGAGGCAACCUGAAAAAGAAAUUGAAAAGCUGGCCCCUAACAGUGCUAAGGAACAUCCUUAGUUUAAUAGGCAGUUAACAAUGUAUAGAAAGAUAAUGGUUUUGACAAUGAUUAUACUGUUCUUGUAAGUUGUAUGCGGUGAUAUAUUUGGACCCUGUGUUCCUUUUGCAGAAGAUAGUUCAUGUUUUGUCUCA